CGGGGGCGCGCUCGGGGGUGGGGAAGCGAGCUGGAGCUGCUCAAUGACAAAUCGGCUGGGAACUGCUGGGGUCCGGCCCCGGGAGGGGGCGGGGCGAGUUUAAGAGCCGCGGGCCGGGCGCGGAGGGCCAAGGCGGCGCGAGAAGGGUCCCAGCUCUCCUACUGGCUCUUCUGUCCCUGUGCCGUCACAUCCAUAAGCCAGCAGGAUGGCUACAAACAAGAACAAGGGCCAGAGCUCCCUGGCCCUUCACAAGGUGAUCAUGGUUGGCAGUGGAGGGGUCGGCAAGUCAGCCCUGACGCUUCAGUUCAUGUAUGAUGAGUUUGUAGAAGACUAUGAACCUACCAAGGCUGACAGUUACAGAAAGAAAGUGGUUCUUGAUGGAGAAGAAGUCCAGAUUGAUAUUCUGGACACUGCUGGACAAGAGGACUAUGCAGCUAUUAGAGACAACUACUUCCGGAGUGGGGAGGGGUUUCUGCUAGUGUUCUCCAUCACCGAGCACGAGUCCUUCACAGCAACUGCCGAGUUCAGGGAACAGAUCCUCCGUGUUAAGGCUGAAGAAGAUAAAAUUCCAUUGCUGGUCGUGGGAAACAAGUCUGACUUGGAGGAGCGGAGGCAAGUGCCCAUCGAGGAGGCCAGGAGUAAAGCGGAGGAGUGGGGUGUGCAGUAUGUGGAGACAUCGGCCAAAACGCGGGCCAACGUGGACAAGGUGUUCUUUGACUUAAUGAGAGAAAUCAGAGCAAAGAAGAUGUCAGAAAACAAAGACAAGAAUGGCAAAAAAAGCAGCAAGAACAAGAAAAGUUUUAAAGAAAGAUGUUGCCUGCUGUGAAGGCCACGGUGGUGGAUGAGAUCCAUUGCCACCAAGGACAUAGGGCUGGGUGGAUAAAUGGAAGGCGUAGUUGACUUCCAGUUGUGCUUCCUGCUCUCCCCAACCUUAUUCACCUGUACUUCUUUAAAUGGGGAAAAAUAGUCAUGAAUCAGUGACUGGCAGAAGAAACAAGCCCUUGUCCAUGCAAAGGAAUGGCCGCUUUGUCAGGACUGGAGUUCUGUCCUUCCUGUGUCCCGCCCCUCCCUCCCGGAGCUUAGCUAGGCGUGUAGAGCUAUAGGUAGGAAAGAGUCAAGUGUUCAUUAAAAAGAAAGAGUAGUGUCACAGCAUCUUAUCCCCUGCCCCCCAGGUUUUUAACAUUACCCUCUUGUUUUGAAAUAAAACAUUUUAUUAGGUUUUGGAAGGGGGGUACUGAGGCAGACCCCCCAACCCUUAUCAAUGUAACAGUAGUACUCAGAAAAAUCCAUUACGCUUUAAUGACACUGAAAUCUAAGGUUUUUUUAAAGACAAGUUUCUAGGAGAUACCCUGUGGAUCUGAAGCAUAACUAGAAAAAUGAACUUGAUUUGGGCCAGAUAGUCAAUACCACACUCACAAAUCCUCCUCACAUAUGAAAAAUAAAAAUAGUAGGUUGUUUUCUUCAUGUUUGAAUACUGGCCAUUUACAGUCUGCAUUGCUGUUUUCUCCUGAUUGUUGUGUAGGAACUUUUUUUUUGUGGCCUGGGUGAAGACUCAAGAGUGGUGUACUUUACCAGUGACACUCGUUUCUGAUGGGAUGUCUUUGAUGUCUUCUCCAUUUGCUGGUCUCAUGGCUAGGCCCCGAUUCUGCACUGUGAUCAUGUCCCUGUCUUCUCCCUCAGCUUCUUUCAGCUUGCAGAGGUUGAGCAAAGCUUCUCUUUUUGUCAGUGUCACACAAGUUCUUCUGAAAAAUGUGAUGAAUUAAAAUGGUGUUCUAAAAUCAUGAAGCCAGAGCCUUCUGCUACCUCUCAUAGAAUCGCUCUGUGAUUCUAAAUUGAAAGAACAAGUAGAGAGAAGUUAAGCCGCUGCCCUGUUACCUCUGAGAAUUGACUGCUGUUUCUAAGGUAAUUCUUGUCUGAAAUAGUCAUAGUUAGUUAGAAAAGAUUUUUAUUGAUGAGAUAUUGUUAAUCUUUCUUAUUGUAUCAGUAUUCUAAAUUCAACAUUCAGAAGAAUUUCCACUGGGAGAGGAGUACUGUGGUAAAAGCCUGGUAUUUAGCACAUUUCCCCCAUUUUCCAGAAGUGAACAUUUCAUGUUUAGGUGCCAAAAGUGAAUUGGGGUGGGGAGAGCGGGAGCCUUUGAAAUUGAUGGUUAUAGAGAUUCUGGAAAUUAUGAUCUAACCCCUACAAACCAAUCUUGUAUCACCUCCCAAAGAAUCAUGGACUUUUUGAAUUAAAAAAAAAAAGCA